AUGGCCGGCCCAAAUCUCGAACUGUUCAAGUUCGGCCUGUACCUCUUCUUCCCUCUUGCCGUCAUGGUGCACUACGGCGACCCAGACUUUUACGCGAGAAACGUCGCACCCAUCCGAGACCAAUUCUGGCCGAAAGAAGAAUCGCUCUACCGUCCACCACGCAACUCGGCAGACGUUCGCACCGCUUUGGACGAGAUGAAGGCGAAGCGUCUAGCAAAACGAGAAGCACGUCUGCAAGAACAGGGAGAGUCGCUUUCCCUUCCCUCAUCAUCACAGCCGAAAGCCGAACAGCCAAGGUCACAGAUCGCCAGUCUAGUCGAGGACAAACGCAGUCAACGGCUGGUCUGA